AUGGUGAUUUCGAGCCAGGCCUCAUCCGGUCUCCGGGCGGCGCACAGUCCACUUCAGACGGAAGAAGCCGAAGCACUCACAACAGCCAAGCCUCACCGAGACUCGGUGGCACAGUGCGAUUGUGUAGCUCCUCUUCACUCCGAGACGGCGGCUCAUGCGGGCUUCUCUGGCGUCAGCUUCAGGCACGACCGACUUGCCUGCACAGACUCAAAACAACUAACGAACAACUCAACGCAUACACAGACAAACGGGACUUCGAAGAAUCCCUUAAGCGAUUGA